AUGGAGCUGGGAGGGGCCUUCACCAUUUUUCUGGCACUCUGCUUGUCUUGCCUGCUCAUCCUCAUUGCUUGGAAACGAAUCAACAAGAGGGGAAAGCUUCCCCCAGGUCCCACACCAAUUCCUUUCUUGGGGAACCUGCUCCAAAUCAGCCCUAAUGCCCCUUUUCAGUGUUUCAUGAAGCUCCGGAAGAAGUAUGGCCCCAUGUUCACUGUGUACCUGGGCCCGCGGCCAGUAGUUAUUUUGUGUGGACAUGAACUGGUGAAGGAGGCUCUGGUAGACCGAGCAGAUGAGUUCAGUGGCCGUGGAGAAAUGGCUACAUUAGACAAAAACUUCCAAGGUCAUGGUGUAGCUAUGGCCAAUGGAGAACGAUGGAAGAUUCUCCGACGUUUUUCUCUGACCAUCCUGCGGGACUUUGGGAUGGGAAAGCGGAGCAUCGAGGAGCGGAUCCAGGAGGAGGCUGGCUACCUGCUGGAGGAAUUCCGGAAGACCAAGGGUGCCCCCAUCGAUCCCACCUUCUUCCUAAGCCGUACUGUUUCCAAUGUCAUCAGUUCGAUUGUCUUUGGAAGCCGCUUUGACUAUGAGGACAAGGAAUUCCUAAACCUGCUGCGGAUGAUCAAUGAGAGCUUCAUAGAGAUGAGCACUCCCUGGGCACAGCUCUAUGAGAUGUACUCAGGAAUCAUGCAAUAUUUGCCAGGAAGACACAAACACCUCUACUAUAUGAUAGAGGAUCUUAAGGACUUUGUUGCAUCCAGAGUGAAGAUCAACGAGGCAUCCCUUGACCCCCACCAUCCCCGAGACUUCAUCGACUGCUUCCUCAUCAAGAUGCACCAGGAAAAAAAUGAUCCCCACACAGAAUUCAACCUCAAGAAUUUGGUUCUUACCACGCUCAACCUCUUCUUUGCGGGCACAGAAACAGUGAGCUCCACACUACGCUAUGGAUUUUUGCUGCUAAUGAAGCAUCCUGAAGUGGAAGACAAGAUCCAUAAAGAGAUUAACCAGGUGAUUGGCCCCCACCGGAUGCCACGUGUGGAAGACAGGGUCAAGAUGCCUUACACAGAUGCUGUCAUCCACGAGAUCCAAAGACUGAUAGACAUUGUGCCCAUGGGUGUCCCCCACAAUGUCAUCCAGGACACUCAUUUCCGAGGCUACUUUCUGCCCAAGGGCACAGAUGUCUUUCCUGUGAUUGGCUCAGUCCUCAAAGACCCCAAAUACUUCCGCUACCCAGAUGCCUUCUAUCCUGAACACUUCCUGGAUGAACAGGGACGCUUCAAGAAGAACGAGGCCUUCGUGCCUUUCUCCUCUGGAAAACGCAUCUGCCUGGGGGAGGCCCUGGCCCGCAUGGAACUCUUCCUCUACUUCACCUCCAUCCUUCAGAACUUCUCUUUACGUUCACUGGUCCCCGUGGCAGACAUUGACAUCACUCCCAGGAUGUCAGGCUUCGGCAACAUCCCCCCAACUUACAAGCUGUGCCUUGUGGCCCACUGAGCGCCCCUUACUGGCCAGGCAAGACCAGUCUGAGAGCUGAGCUCUUCUUCUUGCUCCCGGACACACCCACCCUCCUCAUGUCUCCAAAUUCUCCCCAUAACCCUAAGAGAAGGCACUCUCACUACUGUGAUGGGACCACAGGUCAGAGGAUGACAUCCAAAACCACACAGCUGUAUGUCUUUGUUUUAGAAAAGCUACAAAGUGCCCAACAUCUGGCACAAGCCCAUAGGUUUAAGUUCACAGUUUCCUCUGCCUUGUUUCUGGCUGCAGCAAACUUCUGUAGAUUCUGUCUUUAUGUUGUUCCCUUGCGUGAGCCCUGAUAGUGAUCAUAAUAUAGUUCACAAUCUUUUCUGGUUUAUUUUGAUCUGCAUU